CCCAGUUGUGUCCGCCGUGGUGUUGUAUUGUCGUCAAAAGCGCUGGAAUGGGAAGUUAUGGCAGAUGCUAAGCUGAACACUUUUCAAGCAUUUUUUAUGUGUAAUGUAGCUUUUCCGUUACAAAUCCCCCGUAUACCACCGCUGGACUGUUAGUUGCUGUAGUGAAGGCGCGAGAACGCUUCAGCAGCUGUUUUUUUCCUGUCUGUGGACUCUCCAGUGCUUCACAAUGAUCUGUGUACAAACUUCAGUUUGUGAACGUGUGCAAGAUCAGCCUGUGCACUAGCAGUGGUGCAUCUGCUCCUGAUUUGAUCCUUUCUCCCAUCAUAUUGGGUUUAUCCAGCUCUUCACAUUUCGCAUAACAAACACUUUAUUCUGUAGACAUGGUGUCCAGACCUGGAGAUUUUCCAGCCUUGGAAGGGGGUUCAGGUGUCAGUGAUGGUCUCCUUGGAGGCAUGUCUAUUCCUCUCGGGAUGACCCGCCGAGCCAUCAGCUAUGAUGAUAACCUUGAGCGGCCUAUGUCUCCACCUCCAACUGACAUCAAUAUUAGCAACCUCUGGAAGCGACCGGUUAUUCCUGAGAGGAAGUUUGCACGGCUAGCUGAGGAGGACGAAUCAGAUGGAGGAGCAAAGCAAAGUGUAACCUUUGGAUCCUCCAAACCUCAAAUCCCUGUGGUUAAAGCUAAAGCCUCUUCUGUCAUGAACUCCCUCAUCAUCAAACAGACCCAGGAGAGCAUGCACAAGUUUGAGAAGCAGGCGGGACUGACUGAUACAGGCUACACUCCACACAAAGGCCUGGCUGCUGAAGAGACCCGCUUCCAUCGUCUGGCAGAGUCCAUGCAUAAACUUGCAAUGCAAAAUGUGGAUACCAAAGAAGAGAAACAGCCGUCUUCUGGUCAGUCAACACCUGCAGGGACCCCGCAGUCAUCACCUAAGCAGAUACGCAGAGGCUGGUUCAGCAGUCAGGGAUCCACUGCGUCCCUCACAGGCUCUGAGAUGAGCACCAGCUCCAGUAUAGAUCUGACAACAGGAGAGGGAGCCGUAGAGCGCUGGGGCGUUUUUGGACCGCGGUCUCAAGUCAGCAAGUCUACAACUGACCCAGGUGCAGAUCCAGCCCCAUCAGGGGGCUUUGCUCUACAGUCUUAUAAGGGAGCCCAGAAACCAACUCCGAUGGAAAUGAUGAAGGCGCAGGCCACACGCUUGUCCGAGGACUCUGCUGGUUUCAAAGCGCCCCCCAAGAUGGAGAUCCCCACCGUGGAGGGGAAGAGACAAACAACCCGACCUCACAAACUCAAGCACCGUGAUAUGAACGUGCUUACUCCCUCAGGAUUCUGAUAACCACUUCCUGGAAAACCCCUCAGAUCGUACACAUUGUGAACCUGUAGCUGGUCUACCCUUGUGUUCCCCUGUGCUGUCUUGCUGUUCAGUCGCUGCAGUACUACCCCCAUCUCGGAGAACAUGCCCCCACGUUCCUCACAGCACCACUUUGCUAGUGUCUAAUGUAAAUGUUAGCUUUCAAAAGAUGUUUAGUGUGAAGGAUCAUUUUUGCUGGUGCCAUUGUCUGUGUUGUCAUCUUUGUUUUGCCUUUUAAUUUGGAACUACUUUUGAAGGGACCGUUAUAAAAAGCGUUGAAUUCUGUGGAAUUUGACUGAAUGCUUCGGUUACUAUGCCGUUUUUGUUUGGUAAAAGGCAAAACCUAAAUGUUUGUCAUUCAGGUUUAACGUUCAUGGAUGGAAGUCAUAGGCGAAUUUCUUUCGCUUAUGAAAUAUCUCUUUAAUUUAGAACAUGAACGAGUAUGUUUGUGUAUGUCUUGAUGUUUUUGGAUAUACUGUGGUGUGUAUAUUCAUUAGCUUUCAUGUUAACACUGACUGAUCAAAUACAUUGUGGUUUUAUUUGCUAGCAUUUAUGCGGGAUGCAUUCUAUCACAUAGCCACAAUGUAAUAAAAUAACUUGAAAAUUAGUUAUUUUGUCCACCUUGUUGACAUAUGAUGAUUUUUUUUGUAUAACAUCAGUACACAACAGGUUUAGUGAUUACUUAAUUCUUAAAGUCAUUGCUGUUGUGUAAUGGUCUGUGACAUUUAAAGCAUUGUUCUGAUGCGGUCGUGACAAGGACGGUCUGACAGAUGAUAAGAGCACUAAAAUGACUGAAGGUUAAGUAGGUUUUUGACUGAAAUUUUAUUUUAAGUUAGCAACUGCUGUAUUUUUGUUAAAAGUUAACUGUUUUGUUUGAAUUUUGCAAAAGAGCAAAUGUAGUUAAUUUGAUCUUGUUAGAACUGUUAAUACAUGAAUAAAUAAUAAAUGUCAUAUUGAUCUUGA